AUGCUAAAGGUUGUGAAGGAUCGCGAUAGUGCUGCUUCUCAGCAAGUUCCGCCGAGUGACGUCCUCCAACAUGGCCGCCGGCUCCAGUUCAUCUGCUGUCGUACACAGCAACGCCGCCGUAUCCCCUCUCUCGGAUCUAAAGCUGCCUCGGAUGAAUAUGCCCGUGUUCAGCGCUUGGUGCAUCAAAAUCCAACGCUGAAGGACAGCCAGAAGCUGUACUUCCUCAAAACCAACCUUGCUGGUGAGGCGGCGUCCUUGAUUUCUCACCUCAAGAUCGAGGAUGCCAACUACCAACCGGCACUGACGAAGCUGAAAUCCAGGUACGAUAAGCCACGUGAGAUCGCUAAUCAGCAUAUCAAGCGGUUUCUAGCGCAGCCAACGCUGACAUUCCCCUCUUCUCACGGCUUGCGAUUGCUCCACGACGUGUCGGACGAGGUUAUUCGUGCCCUCCAUGCCAUGAAUAGGGAAGACCGUGACACGUGGCUCCUGUUCAUCUUAAGCGAAAAGGUUGAUCCAGAUACGAAGCAGUUGUGGUGCCAAAAGAUGGCGGAAAUGGAUGAAGCAAACAUCGAUCUUCAGUGCUUCCUCAAGUUCGUCGAAUCUCGCAGUUUUGCUCUGCAAUCUGCUCAACCAGUUCGCCACAAAUCCAGCGUGCCUUUCAAGCAACCUACAAGGACUCCACCGCAGUCCCGAGGUGCUACCGCAUUCGUCGCCACGAACCCUCCGUUUUGCAACGUCUGCAACAAACCAAACCACCAUCUUUACCAAUGUGGUAAGUUCAUUCACAUGAACCACGACGACCGACUCGCUCACGUCAAUAGGAUGAAGCUGUGCAACAAUUGCCUGAAAAUACAUCCCGGUGAGAGCUGCAAAUCAGGUGCCUGCAGGAAAUGCAACUUACCUCACCACACCUUAUUGCACCCACCGUCGUCAUCAGCAAGCCCACAACCAGCAGCAUCAUCGUCCGUCAUGGCCCCUGCAAAUUCAGGAUCAUCAGCACAGUCCUUGAUUUCGGCCCUCGACUCACCAUCCUGCCUCGAUGCGUCUAGCGUCCUACUCGCCACCGUUGCCAUCAAUGUUCUGGACAGCCAGGGACGGCCACACGCCUGUCGUGUCGUUUUGGAUUGCCCGUCCCAAGUCAGCUUUAUCAGCGAUGAUUUCAUCAAGCGACUCGGCCUCAAAACAGUAGCUGCCAACAUGGACCUCGAAGGCAUCUUCUCCACACCAGCGCACGCUGACAAGUGUGCCGAAAUCAUCAUCUCCUCUCGCUGCACGGAUUAUCGAACCUCCGUAUCGUGUAUGGUGUUGCCGAAAAUCACCAAAAUGCUUCCUUGCAAGCCAGCGAACAUCGACGGUUGGCCCAUUCCAGGAGCAAUACACUUGGCAGAUCCUCUGUUCCAUCGCCCGGGUAAGGUAGAAGUUUUACUGGGAAUGGAAUUAUUCUUUCAGCUGCUCGAGCCUGGCAAAAUCGCCCUCAGUAUCGACGACAGCCUACCCACACUUCAAAACACCAAACUCGGCUGGGUGGUCGCUGGUCGGUACCACGAACCCAACACUUCGAUUGGAUCUCACGUUUCAACCUGCCUGUUGACUUCCACCGAUGACGAUCUCUCGCAGCAGGUACGCAAAUUUUUGGAGCUAGAAGAAUACGCUACAGCAUCCAACCAUCUCACCGAAGAAGAACAGCGAUGCGAGCAGCACUUCGCCGAGCAUACCGUUCGUGAUAAGACAGGGAAGUUCAUCGUUCGUCUCCCAUUUCGUCUCGACCCUAAUCAGCUUGGUGAGUCUAGGCCAAUGGCGGAGAAACGUUUGCUUCACAUAGAGAGAAAGCUCGACCGUAACCCAAAGCUCAAAAGUGAGUAUCAUGAGUUCAUCCGUGAGUACAUCGAUCUCGGUCACAUGUCACUCGUUGAAGAUGCCUCUCCGUCAAACAAGUCAGUAUAUCUCCCACACCACUGUGUGGUAAAAUCAUCGAGUACGACCACCAAAUGUCGAGUCGUUUUCGAUGCGUCGGCUAAGACUACCAGUGGGUUCUCUUUGAAUGAUGUACUCAUGUGUGGCCCCGUUGUUCAAGACUCGUUGAUUAAUAUUUUGAUCCGAUUUCGCCUCCCAUCUAUCGUGCUGGUUGGUGAUGCAAAACAAAUGUAUCGCAUGGUAUGGGUGAACGAGCUUGAUCGUGACUUCCUCAAAAUUCUGUGGAGGUGGGACAAGGACGAGGAGAUAAGGGAGUAUCAUCUGAAUACCGUCACCUUUGGGACUAAAAGCGCAUCCUAUUUGGCCACAAAAUGCGUUAAAGAGCUCCUAGGAUCAUACCGGCAACAAUAUCCGGCAGCAGUAGAGAAGGCGGAAAAGGGGAUGAUGAUGUACUCACCGGAGCAUCGUCUGAAGAAGAAGCAAGGCUACUACGAGAACAACUAA